AAAGUCGAAGUCCGCAUCCGAAAAUUCAACAACUUGCCUGCAACAUCUGAGUACAAAGAUGAGAAGUAUAGAGCAGCACUUACCGAAUCACUGAUGUCUCCCGAUGAAGACGAGGUAGACGAUGCUAAUAAAAAGACAGGACGCUUCAUCUCUCACGCCGCUACAUAUCGGAGCACAUUGAUGUCACAGUUUUUAGAGGCUGUUGACGACGCUGAAGAUCCAUCACCACCUGCAACUGGAAAGUACACUGUGGGCGUGAAAGGCAAAGCGAGGGACUUACCAUUGGUGGCUGCAAAAAAGAUUGAAAAUUGUGCCCGUCGGUGGAUGGUUUCAAGUGCAUGGCUUGCACUUCCGGACAAUAAAAAGUUCGAUGCUCCCAGCUACAUUCUUGACAAUGGCCGGGUGUGGGGCGAUGCAAAGGACCCGGAGGAGAUUCUUGCUGGGCAGAAGUGA